AUGGCACCCGCCAUCGAGGACCAGGGAACGCCUCAGGUGAACCCGCUGAUCUCGACACAAGGAAGCUCCGAGCUCCAAGUCAUUCUUCACCCGCUAGUUCUCCUCUCCAUCUCCGAUUACAUCACGCGGCAUACCCUCCGCAAGCAGGAUGGCCCUUUGAUCGGUGCUCUGCUGGGCCAGCAGAAUGGUCGAGAGAUCACCAUCGAGCACGCCUUCGACGUUCACACCCAACCAGGCGACCAAGCUUCCGGAGGAUAUUCUAUCCACCUGGACGGCUUCCAAAAAAGAUAUGAACAAAUGAAGAAGGUCCACCAGGACCGCCAACUCGACUUUGUCGGCUGGUACACCCUCCUACCGCUAUCUGGCCCCUCGCCCUCCAUACUCGACCUCCAUCGUAUCUUUCUGAGCGAAUACAACGAGUCUGCCAUUCUCCUGGCAUUCCACCCCGACCAGGUACUCAGCCACUCCGCGGGCGGCACGCUGCCGCUCACCAUCUACGAGAGCAACUGGGAGGUCGAGGGAAGCGGCAAGGCCGCCCCCGACAGCACCGAGGAUAAAAACAUGGACGAUGCAGAGGUCGCCGCCCAGAUCAGGUUCAGGGAGCUUCACUACUCCGUGGAGACGGACGAGACCGAGAUGAUCAGCAUGAACUACGUCGCUGGCGGCGGCGGUAGUGCCGCCGUCAACACGCCAAAGGAGGAGAAGCCGUCACGCUCCAUCGAGACGAACAGCAAGGGGAAGCGCCGGAUCGUGGAGAACGAGGCCGAGGAGGAGAAGUCCGGGGACGAGGCCCUGACGCGGGAGGAGGAGGAGAUCAUCGCCGCGCUCACCGCCAAGGCCAACGCCAUCAAGAUGCUCCAGUCCAGAAUCCAGCUCAUCGGGUCCUAUCUCGCAAAACUGCCGCCGUCCUUUGUAAACGGGGAGCCAUCGGAUGAUGAUAGCAUGGAUGUGGACAGCACCGUUCCCUCUCUACCAGUCUUGCGUCAGAUCCAGGCCCUCAUCUCGCGGCUCGAUUUGAUCAUCCCCUCGGACAAGGAGUCAUUCGAACAGGAAUUCAUCCAGCAAGUCAACGACGUAAAUCUGACCGAACUCCUCAACAACAUCAUGCAGAGCACCACCCAGGCCAGAGAGGUCGGGAAGAAGUUUGGCGUCGUGGAGCAUGCGAAGCCGCCCAACAGACGGGGAGAUUUUGAAGCCCAGGCCGGGCCGUUCAGCGUCUUAAACAGUGCUGGAGACAUCAUCAUAUAA